AGCAAUCGAGCAGAGCGACCAAAGCAGGCGAAAAAGGACCAGCCCUCAACUCUACUCAUCUUGACUACCUGGGCUAACUUUAGCUACAUGUGCUGAGGUCGAGGGAGUAACUGAUCUCAACUGCAACAAUGCCGACAGUAACUUUACCCCCGAAAGAAAACGCUCUCUUCAAGAGGAUUCUGAGAUGUUAUGAACACAAACAGUACAGAAAUGGCCUCAAGUUCUGCAAACAAAUCUUGUCCAACCCCAAGUUUGCAGAGCAUGGAGAGACUCUGGCAAUGAAGGGCCUGACCCUGAACUGUCUGGGUAAGAAGGAAGAGGCCUACGACCUGGUGAGAAGAGGCCUCCGCAAUGACCUCAGGAGCCACGUCUGCUGGCACGUAUACGGCUUACUGCAACGCUCAGAUAAGAAGUACGAUGAGGCCAUCAAGUGUUACCGCAAUGCUCUGAAGUGGGACAAGGACAACCUGCAGAUCCUCCGGGACCUUUCCCUCCUGCAGAUCCAAAUGAGAGACCUCGAGGGCUACAGGGAGACGCGGUACCAGCUGUUGCAGUUGCGUCCAGCACAGCGUGCAUCUUGGAUUGGUUACGCCAUCGCCUAUCACCUCCUGGAAGACUACGAGAUGGCUGCAAAGAUCAUUGAAGAGUUCAGGAAAACGCAACAGACAUCUCCAGACAAAGUGGACUAUGAGUAUAGUGAACUACUGCUGUACCAGAACCAGGUGCUGCGAGAAGCGGGUCUGCACAAGGAGGCCCUGGAACAUCUGUGCAACUAUGAGAAACAGAUCUGCGACAAGCUAGCAGUGGAAGAGACACGAGGAGAACUGCUGUUAAAGUUGGAGCGUCUGGAGGAGGCAACAGAAGUUUAUCGUUGCCUGCAGGAGAGAAAUCCAGAGAACUGGUCCUAUUACCACGGGCUGGAAAAGGCCUUAAAACCAACUAGCGUAGAAGAGAGACAGAAGAUCUAUGAGGACACCUGGGAGAAGUACCCCAAAGGACUGGUUCCUCGCAGGCUGCCCCUCAACUUCCUUUCUGGUGAGAAAUUCAGAGAAUGUCUGGACAGGUAUCUGAGGAUGAACUUCAGUAAAGGCUGUCCACCCGUCUUCACCACCCUCAAAUCACUGUAUAAUGACAAAGAAAAGGUUGCAAUAAUAGAGGAACUGGUGGUUGGCUAUGAGACUUCACUAAGAAGCUGUCGAAUGUUCAGUCAGAACGAUGAUGGGAAGGAGGAACCACCAACCACGUUACUCUGGGUCCAGUACUUCCUGGCACAGCACUAUGACAUGAUUGGCCAACAGACCCUGGCGCUAGAAUACAUCAACACAGCCAUUGAGAGCACGCCAACGCUGAUUGAACUCUUCCUGAUCAAAGCCAAGAUUUAUAAGCAUGCUGGGAACAUUAGAGAAGCUGCUCAGUGGAUGGAUGAGGCCCAGGCUCUGGACACAGCUGACAGAUUCAUCAACUCCAAGUGUGCCAAGUACAUGCUGAAGGCUGGCAUGAUCAAAGAGGCAGAGGAAAUGUGCUCCAAGUUCACACGGGAGGGGGCCUCAGCAGUGGAAAACCUGAACGAGAUGCAGUGUAUGUGGUUCCAGACUGAGUGUGCGCUUGCCUACAAGGCUAUGAACAAGUUCGGUGAAGCCCUCAAGAAGUGCCAUGAGAUUGAAAGACAUUUUGUAGAGAUCACGGACGAUCAGUUUGAUUUCCAUACGUACUGCAUGAGGAAGAUGACGCUACGCUCCUAUGUGGACCUACUGAAGCUGGAGGAUGUGCUCCGAAUGCAUCCCUUCUACUACAAAGCUGCCACCACCGCCAUCCAGAUCUACCUGAGCCUCCAUGACAAUCCCCUGACUGACGACAGCAAGGAGCUUCAGGCUGAUACUGCUAACCUCUCAGACAAAGAGCUGAAGAAGCUGAGGAACAAACAGCGGCGAGCUCAGAAGAAGGCUCAGCUGGAGGAGGAGAAGAAGAAUGCUGAAAAGGAGAAGCAGCUUAAAAACCAGAAGAAGAAAAAGGAGGAUGAUGAUGAGGAGAUUGGAGGACCCAAGGAGGAGCUGAUCCCAGAUAAACUGGUUAAGGUAGAAAAUCCACUGGAGGAAGCAGUCAAGUUCCUGAUGCCUCUGAAGCACCUUAUCAAAGAUAAAAUAGACACACACUUACUGGCUUUUGAGAUCUACUUCAGGAAAGAAAAAUACCUGCUGAUGCUACAGUCAGUGAAGAGAGCAUUGGCCAUCGAUGCAGAUCACCCAUGGUUACACCAGUGUCUAGUACGCUUCUUCAGAGGAGUGUCUGAGAGCAAGGGGCUGCCGGAGGUGGUCCGGACGGUGCUGAAGCAGGAGAUCACCCGGCUGUUUGGAGACAGCAAUGCUAAGAGCUUCAACCAGGCCUACCUCACCAAGCACUCCAACUCUAUACCCCACCGGUUGGCUGCUGCUAAGAUGAUGGUGUAUCUAGACUCAUCGACAGAAACAAAAGCAGCAGAGCUGGCCACUGCUCUAGAUGAGUCACUUGACAACAGAACCAUACAGAUCUGCACAGAGGUCUUGGAAAGUCUCCGGAGUGGUAUCCUGGGCGACCGCAAGGAGCGUGCGGAGUCUUAUCGCACUGAGUGUCACAAGCUUUACCCCUACACAUUAGCUUUCAUGCCCCCUGGAUACGAGGAGAACACCAAGAUUGCCAACGGAGACGUUUCCACAGAGACAGAGGAGCUAGCCAAUGAGAUGUGAGCACAGUACAACAACCGUGGAUGAAAAAAAUGGAAUUGGGCCGAGUACGAAGCCUCACGGCUCGCCUGGUGGCCAUUUUGUUUAGAACCAGGCAUGGGAAGCAAAAUGUGUGUUUCGUUCUUUGGCUCAGCUUAUCAGGUCUAACCUGGCAUGGCUUGGCUCCCUCCCAAACGAUGAAAAUCAGGACUGUAUGUGUUUACUGAGUACAUGUGUGUUUGUGUGCGUGCAUGUGUGUAUAUUUGUGGGAAAGCGGGGGAGGGGAAGUUGAAGAUGACAGAAUGGCCAUUUUACUUUUUUGAUAGAGCAGACACUCAAUGCAGAAUAUGAAAAUAAACAGUAGUUAUUGGCAAACUGUUGGGAGAAACCAUGACAGAUGGACACGGGUUUCUUCAGAGUUGACGGUGAUGAAAACCGCUCGAGUUUGACUCGUUGCUGCUUCAACACAUGCCUAACACAUACUGUGUUCCCCUUAUUUUGUAAAAGAGAAGUUAAUUUAACUGAAAGGACUCGUCUGUUCCAGUGCAAGGGGAGACUUGAGGCUGAGUGGAUCUGAUCUGUUGGAAGUUGAGCAGGAAGAGGCACUGAGGACCUGAAGUAGACACUUGAGGACAUCCAGCGGCCGCAGGUGGAUCUGAAUCUGCUGCAAGGAUCAUCUGUGCUCCCACUAAACCUGCCGCCGAUGGUGUUAAGAAAGAGCCAACUUCUGACAGGGCACUGAGAACUCAUGUCAACAAGCUUUUUUGAUCAGACUGCACUUCCCUCGUGGUCCCCGGUUCAGCUUGGGAAUAUGUAAUCCUGUGUUCUUAUGGAGCACCUUGUAGCACAGCUUAAAAACUGUAAAGGUUGUAUGUUGUGCUCCAUCCAAAAUACACUGCUACUCUUUAAGGUAGUUCAGAGAAAGCCAGAUAGAUCUAAGCAAUACAUAGACACCUUCCUUCCUGUGCUGAAUGGAACAAUGAAACUUGUUACUAUUACUGAUAAUCAUUUUAAGAUCUGAUUUGAUCGUGGUUCCACUGGCAGUCACUUGUCUCAUCGCUGUUGUCACUGUUUAUUUUAUCUGCAUGUACACAAGGACAUAGCAGUUGAAUGUGGAAAUGAGCCUCCAGUACUUCACACGUCUCCUCUCUGCAGAUCAAAACAUGGCUCCCAAAUGUCAGAGCUCAUCAGCAAUUGUUACAAGGCGAGAGAAACAAUAAGCACCUGGAGUUUGUUUUUACUAAUCUGCCCCCCCCCCCCCCCCCUUUUUACUUAUCUUGAUUUUCUUCCUGUUUUCCUCUGUUUCGGGUUCUAAUGUGAAAGAUGAAUUCUGAGAUGGUGAUGUAUGAUAUCUCUGGAUUUUUGUAUUAAAACCAAACAAAAGAACA